UAUAAUAUGCUUUGGUAGAUGAAAGGAAUAAUAACUUGUACAGAAAAAGCUAAUAAAAAAAUAUUUUUUUGGAAUUAUGACACAGGAAGCACGCUUCCGACCAGCACGGUUGUACGUACAUUGGUGACAAGUGAGAAGAACAGACUUAUGAGGGCUUAUGCCUGCGUAUGACUCAGAUUUCAAGGACAUCGUGGACUCUCGCUGCCUUUGUUCACUUCGUUUGACUGAAUAGUGAGUUUAUCACGACAUUGGUGCAAUCAAUGCCUUGCUGUAAAAUCUGGCAGAUGCCCUUUGUGAAACUGAGACAAGUAAUAUCGUAAGCAAGUUCAGGUUCGUCGCCCACAGGUUACGCAGCUGACAAGCAGAAAAGUUGGCAUUCUGUAGUACGAAGCUGAGCUACAUCUGUUCCGCGCUGUUCUGUGGUUCCGUCACAGAAAGAAUAGCUACUAAAUUACAUCUCAUAUAACUACAUAAGGAACAUCGUACCUGAUCGUACCGACUAG